CUGGACACACCCCUCUACAAGCCCCGCCCCCACUCUGCAGAGCCAAAGCUUGCUGGCUAGAAUGGUGUUUGGUUUCCUCUGUCACUCUGUGUCCUCCACUCCCUGCAGACUACUGUACACAGCUGUCUAUGGAGAUGACGUCCAGUCAGCAUCCACCAAGGUGGUGUCGGCAGAGGGUUCCCUGCGUACAAUGAGGAAGGAGCAGCUACUGGAGGUGGCCUGUCGGGUCCAGUCUGAAUACGGGUUCCGCUUAAGCACCCAGCUGACAACGAAAGUGCCUCGGGGGAAGGACGACACACCCUCCACUGGGGAAGACUGCUCCAGAGGACUAUUCAGGUUGUCGGCAGGAGAUCCCUUCCCCACUGUGAAGGUGGCUGUCUGGCAGGUGAAGGAUGAGUGUGCGUACGUACUGAUCUGUGAGUCAGAUGAGAACAAGCUAUUGGCAGAGAGUGUUCUAGAGACUAUCACACGACUCAUGACAGAGCAUGUCACCUCACUGGAGCAGAGGAACGCUGAGAUAAUGUUGAAAGCUGAGAAGGCGACUGCCGUGCUUCACCUGUUUCUACCCAACGGACAAUUGCAGUUCAUGAACCAUAAAGUUGUAGCACAGAAUGAGAAACAAUUAGAAAAACUUAUUACAGUCAAAUAAAAUGUGAAAUUAGUUAUAUAUUGCAAUUAUUGAUACAAAACUUUGCUGUCAA